AUCCUACCUGCGCAUGCGCGAGCGAUGCACCUUAUCCUGCGGGAGCCGUUUCAUCUGACAGACAAAUUUAUUUUUAAAAUUAGCCUCAUAAACAUCAACAUUUUGAUAUGAUUGCCAUCGAAAUGGCUCACAGGAUCGACGAUGCGCCUUCCUGAGCUCUAAUUAUGACAGAAGAAGCGUUUUAAUCGGCGCGAGGAUCGAUGGAGACUUUAAUGUCAGAUUUGAACCGCUGAGGUGAAACUCUGAUGAAUAAUGCCUGGGAAGUUAAAGGCGAAGAUUGUUGCCGGGCGGCACCUGCCUGUCAUGGACCGUGCCAGCGAUCUCACGGACGCCUUUGUAGAGGUGAAGUUUGGAAACACAACAUUUAAGACAGAUGUGUACCCCAAAUCCCUGAAUCCUCAGUGGAAUUCAGAGUGGUUCAAAUUCGAGGUGGAUGAUGAGGAUUUGCAGGAUGAGCCGUUGCAGAUUACUGUUCUCGACCAUGACACAUACAGUGCUAAUGAUGCCAUAGGAAAGGUGUACAUCGACAUCGAUCCACUGCUCUGCAGUGAAGCUGCUACUGUCAUUUCUGGCUGGCUUCCAAUCUAUGACACUAUACAUGGUAUAAGAGGGGAAAUCAACGUUCUGGUGAAGGUGGAUCUCUUUAAUGACUUGAACCGCUUCAGACAGUCAUCAUGUGGGGUUAAAUUCUUCUGUACAACAUCCAUUCCUCGAUGUUACCGGGCCAUUAUGGUACAUGGUUUUGUAGAAGAGCUUGUGGUAAAUGAGGAUCCAGAGUAUCAGUGGAUCGACCGUAUCAGAACCCCUCGUGCAUCCAACGAGGCCAGACAGAGACUCAUCUUUCUCAUGUCAGGUGAAUUGCAGAGGAAGAUUGGUCUGAAGGUGCUAGAGAUGGGAGGGAAUGCAGUGGUGGGGUACCUACAGUGUUUUGACCUUGAAGGAGAAUCAGGCCUUGUGGUUCGUGCCAUUGGGACAGCCUGCACACUUGAGAAAAUCAGCACAUUCCCUGCCACAGCUACACACCCCAGCAACUCCUCUCCUUCAAAAGACAUGAAAGAGCCAGUGUUUGGGGAGGAGGCCCCAGGGGUCCCAUUAUCCUCAGGACCCCCCACUCCUCUGAGAGCACAAACCUUCUCCUCCUUCUCCCCAUCCAAGUCCUACAGUCGCCAGUCCUCCUCCUCUGACACCGAGCUCAGCCUAACCCCCAAAACCGUGGGGAUAUUUCUGUGUCCCAGUGCUCCUGCCCUUGAGUAUGAAUCAUCUCCCCUCCCCUCUGCCCAUCUGCCCCUUCACUUACGGCCAAGGAUGGCUUCCAUGAGUUCAACUCCUCCCCCAUUCCAUGUCAGCCAAUCAGACUCAGCCAUGCUGAGAAAGAGUGUGUCUUUCAGUGAGGAACUGUUGCUGGCGGCCUCUGGAAUGGGAAGUGGUGGCAGUGCAGGAAAGGAUGCAGGGCCCCUUAAAGCUCUUUUGAAGCAGCAGACCCAAUCAGCACUGGAGCAAAGAGAAUACCCUUUCUUCACAUUGACUGUCUUCCCUCCUGGAUUUCUCCUUCAUGUGGGAGGCGUGGUCAGUGCGCGCUCAGUAAAGCUUCUGGAUCGAAUCCACAACCCAGCCUUGGGUAACACCAGAUCAUACAAACUGCUAGACUGGAAUAGUUUCACUGCAGACGAGCCGGAGACAAGGGAUGCGUGGUGGGAGGAGAUCCGUCAGGAAAUAAAGUCUCAUGCCAAAUCUCUUGGCUGCCACGCUGUGGUGGGCUACAGCGAGUCCACCAGUAUCUGCGAGGAGGUGUGUAUUCUGUCAGCGUCGGGCACCGCAGCGAUCCUCAGCUCCCGAUUCAUGCAGGACGGCCCUCUGGACACCGAACUCAGGUUGUCACAGCAACCGCUUUGUGUCUUUUCUACAGGGUCAGAGAGGGUCGAGGGGGAUAUGGGUAGUUCAGCCUCGCUAGGAUUUGAGGAGGUGGUGUCCCCUGGCUGUGGGUUUUGCCACAUACCGUACGAUGAGUUGAAUAUACCAUUUCCUGCCCAGCUUACCUAUUGCUACUGCUGUCGCCGCUACAAAGUGCCCGACGUCCUCUUCACAACAAUCGACCUGCCUACUGAAGCCAGCGUCACCGGGAAGGGCUGCCUGAUUCAGGCCAGGCUGUGCAGGACUAAAAAGAAGGCCCAGGGAGAAGUGAACGCCAUGGCCAUUAGUAAUCUUCUGCCAUUUCUAGAGUACGAGCUCCACACACAGCUGAUGAACAAAUUGAAGCUACGGGGCAUGAAUGCUUUAUUCGGGCUACGUAUCCAAAUCAGCGUGGGAGAGACCAUGCUUCUAGGAUUAGCGUCUGCAACAGGAGUUUAUCUGACAGCUUUACCCAGUCCCGGAGGAAUCCAGAUUGUGGGAAAAACUCCCAGUGACAUCACAUAUGAACAGCACAUCUCUAAUAUGCAGAAGAAAAUCAAUGACACCAUUACUAAAAACAAAGAACUGUAUGAAAUCAACCCUCCUGAGGUUGUGGAAGAGAUCAUUGGUUCGCCGAUCCCUGAGCCCCGUCAGAGGUCUCGUCUCUUUCGUUCUCACUCAGAGAGCUCAGAUGAUGUGUCAGAAAUAGACUUAUCCCAUGGGAAGAAGGAUGCCUUUGUGUUGGAGAUUGAUGACACGGAUGCUGUGGAGGAUAUACAUGCCCUUCUGACUGAUUCCCCCACCCCAGCAGGAUUCUACAGCUGCAACACUGAAAUCAUGCCUGGGAUUCAGAACUGGACUUCAGCUAUACAGAUGUUUACCUCCGUGAGGGUCUUCCGCCUAAACGCCAACUUGACCAAUCAGGGACUGAAUAAGAUUUUCAGUGACCUCUGUGAGAACCUGCUUAAGAGCUUGUACUUCAAACUGCGGUCCAUGGUCCCAUGCUGUCUUUGUCACCUGAACUUCACAGUAGCCAUACCUGAAGAUGAGCUUAUUCAGGUGGCGGUGACAGCUGUGGCAUUGAGCUUUGACAAAGUGCAGACUUUGGAAAAUGGCAAACAAAGUGGGGAAAAGACACCGAUAAAGGCCAUAACAGAAAAUGACGAGCAGCUUCAGUUCAAUCUGGAGCUCAAUGCUGAAACAUCUUCUUCUUCCAUCUCCCCCAAAGGUCUGUCAGAGGUUGGCAGCCAUCCAUCAGCCAGAGCCCCCUCAGUUGAUUACAGUUCCUUUGCAGACAGAUGCAGCUCCUGGAUAGAGCAGCUUAAACUGAAAGCUCACACCAUAAGACGCGGAUCGGUUAAAACAACAUCAUCUAUGGAGAAGGCCAGCCCGCUGCCUGAAGGUCGCUCUCGUUCUCUUCGGUCAAAUCGUUCCUACUCGGGCAGUUCUGUCGCAGUGGUCAAAAUGACCCCGCUCUCCUUCAUUCCUGGAGCAAAGAUCAUCAAAUACCUUGGCAUCAUCAACAUGUUCUUCAUUAGAGAGACCUCCUCACUCAGAGAGGAGGGAGGUGUAAGUGGGUUCCUGCAUACGUUUAUUGCUGAAGUAUUUGCGAUGGUUCGCGCCCAUGUCGCUGCACUCGGAGGAAAUGCUGUCGUCUCUUACAGCAUGAAGGAGUGUGUGUUCAUGGAGAACCCGAACAAGAAUCAGGCGCAGUGCCUAAUUAAUGUCAGUGGGGAUGCUGUUAUUUUUGUCCGAGAAUCUGAACUCGAGUUGACUUCGGUACAGCCACAGUCAGCCACAACACAGACCUCCAACGGCGGGGAAGGAACGUGAACACACAUACACACACCGACAAAUUCUCAAGUAAACAAGUCUUAGCAUGAACCAUGCCAUUUGAAGCAGUUCAUGCUGAAUCUACCAACCAAAUCUCCAAAAAGAAGCAAAAAUCUAGACCUUAUUGAUUAGUUUUCCCAAGUGUCAUGUUUUAGACCCUUUAAAUGGCCAAUAUUUUUUUUUAUUUCAGAAUAUAAAAAAAUUCCUCCAUCGGAAGCCUUUCAGAAAGGAUGUCUGCCAUGUUUCUAUGUAUUGGCCAUUGUUGUUCACAUUCCAUUUUGUCCAGAUGUGAUGGAGGCAGCUACCAAAUUCAAAAGGUCUAAAAAAAUGCAUCUUUUGUGUUCGCAAAGAGUGUGUAAAUGCGUCAACGACUCUCUAAAUGGCCAUGUUUUGUAUUUAAAUAAAGGUAUAAACUACUGAUGCACUCACAUGGACAUCCAGUUCAUGAUUUUGAAUACUGGUUUCAAAUAAGACACUUCCUGUCAUCUCUUACUGAUCUCUUUCAAAUCAUGUCAUAUGCUGGAAAUGUUUGUUUGCUUUUCAUGUGCCACAAUGUAUGCUUUUAUUUAAACGUAAUGUUUGGGUCGGACUUCUGCAAGGCCGGUCCGAUUCUCUUGCAUGUGCAAUGCCAGUUAAUCAUAAGAAAAAGAAGAUAUUUUAAGGUGGAGUUGUCAUUCACCAUGGACUGACAUUUGAAUGUACAGAUGAUGGGUCUGGAUAUGAAGGUGGACGACUCUGCUAUUGUGUGGACUGACUUAAUGCUGUUAUUUUGUAUGUGUUUGCCUGAGGACAAAUCUAAAUUGCGCAUUAAUAUAAUUGAAUAAAACUAUUAUUGCUCUGA